AGUCAAAGUGCAGCGGGCUCCUGCCACCGCUCGCCUUCCCGCCUGCCCCCCCGGUGAGUACCAGCCACGCUGGCCCUCGGGCACCGGCACGGGGCUCAUGGCUGCAGGGGACCGCGGGGUGGACGGGGCAUCCCGAGGGACCCCGACACCCUCCCUGCUUCUGCCCAGCCCCAAUGGCCACGGUGGGGUGUCGCGGCUCUACCCCGUUGCCUGCUCGAGGUGCUCCAGUGUUGUGCCCGGGGCCGCGGGGUUUGGGGGCGCGGAGCUCGGUGCUUGGGGAUGCGAAGCUCAGGGCUCAGGGGCGCGGCGGUUGAGGAUGCAGGGCUGAGUGCCUGGGGACUCGGGGCUGGGUGCUUGGGGACUCGGAGCUUGGUGCUUGGGGACGCAGGGCUCGGGGAUGCAGGGCUGAGCGCUCUGGGGCUGUGCCCGCAGGAGCACCCCUAUCCCAGGGUGACCCCACUCUGGUGCCCCCGGGGGUCCAGGGCAGCCCCGGUCUGGCGGUGGGGACUCAGCGCUCUCCUGCCCAGCACAUAGCACCCACCGGGGCCCAGCUCCCUCUGCCUGUCCCUGCUGUCCCCGGGCUCACUCACACUCUGUGCCUGCCACAGCCCAAGGCCGUGGGCACCCAGCUCUGGGUGCUGAGCACCUCGAUGGCCCUGGAGCCAGCCCGGCGGUGCCCUCACCAGCAGCCCUGCCGCCGGCGGGGCUCUGCCCCUCCAGCCCCACAGUGGGACUGUGCAGCUCCCAGCCGGCCCCCUUGCAGGGGCUGGCAGUGGGGCUGCUCCCUGGGGAGGGCACUGGGACCCCCCCGGAGAUGCCACUGCCCGUGUUUCAGGGUGUCCCACCGAGAGGGGCUGCCCAGCCCUGGGAUGUGCGGCAGCCCCUGCAGCACUGGACUGUCCGGGGAUGGUUCUGCUGAUGUGUCACAUUUUCUGCAUUUCUUUCCUCAUUCCUCCCUCCCUGGAGCCGUUUCUGGGAAAUGAGCUUGUCCCUCGCCAGGGCCAGGCGCUGCAUCACCUCCACCCUGCGCGCUGCCCAGCCCUGCAUCCAGCCCCGUGCCCUGGGGGCCUCGGCACCCCACAGCUGAGGGGGACCCGGCCCCACAGCAGCAUUGUGGGGGGCAGUGAGGGGCCACAGGGAUGGGCAGCCAGGGCCGGUGCUCAGCUGCUUGGAGCCACACGGGUCCUGGGCAGGAGGAGGUGGGUGCUUGCCCCUGCACCCCAGCGGGGGCUCAGGCACCCCGUCCCCUCCCCAACUCCCAGGGCAGGUUCCUGUGGCUGGUCCCGCUGGGAAGGCACAGCAACAUUUCCUGGGCCAGCACCUGGCCCUCAUUCAUCCUGCUCCAGGGCUGUGGUGGGAGCUGGGGGGGGGUGUGUGGGGUGGGCGCAGGGAUCAGCCCCGGCUCAGCGGUGUUCCCUGCUGCCUGGCGGCCUUUGCACCGCGGGCCAGUCCUUGCCCCUGCGGCAAACGGCCGAGGCUGGAUCUGGGCUGGGAGCAGCACGGGGACACGCUGUCCCAGAGGGGCUGUGUGGGGAGUGCACGUGUGCCUACACGUGUGCACAGGCAGCACCAGCUCCCACGUACCCCAUGGCCCUGCCGGCGUGGGCAGGCUUGCAGGGCUGUGCUGGGACCCUGGCCCCGCUCGGCACCAAGCCCAGCCCCACGGCCCGGCCCCACGUCCUGUGCCUGGGGCUGGGGCGCGGGAUGGAAAGCCUGGCCCAGUGCCGCAGAGCCGCUUGACGCAGUGUCUUGGAGGAGCCGUAUCCGUCCUAGUCCCACAGGAAGAAUGGAGGGGCGGCGGGUGCAGGACGGCUCCGGUUUGGGACCUGGUGGGGCUCAGCCCCGUCUGGAGCAGCCCAGACUGGGUACAAGUCCCUGCUCCAGCUCGGGGCAUGGUUGCAUGCAGGAAUGGCCCGAGAGGGGACGGGGACUCUGGGGGGCUCCAGCCCCACGUUGCUCAGCCCCCGUGUCCCGCAGAUGCCAAGCACGUGCUGUCCCCAGAGACACUGAGCGUGACCAGGCGCAGGAUGGAGAGCCGCAGGCGGGACAUGGAGCUGCUGAGCAACAGCAUGGCCGCAUAUGCGCACAUCCGAGCCAACCCCGAGAGCUUUGGGCUCUACUUCGUGCUGGGCGUCUGCUUCGGGCUGGUGCUGACCCUGUGCCUGCUGGUGCUGCGCAUCUCCUGCCGGCCCGUCACACGCCCCCCGCCUUGCCCAAGGGACCUCAGCGAGGACGAGGAGGAGGAGGACGAUGAGGAGGAUGAGGAAGAGGACACUGUUGACCAUGCAGCAUCCGAGUCGCUGCUGCCAAUGACCGAGAUCCCGCUGGAGAGCCAUGGCCCUGGGGACGGAGCGCUGGCCAUCAAUGUCUUCGCCUCGGCAGAGGAGCUGGAGCGGGCACAGCGCCUGGAGGAGCGCGAGCGCAUCAUCCGUGAGAUCUGGCGCAAUGGGCAGCCCGACAUCCUGGGCACUGGUACCGGCACCCUGGGCCGUGUCCACUACUACUGAGCCCCGGCACUGGCGCAGCUGCCCCAGCACUGUGCCCAGCUCCCCCGGUCGCUCAGCCGACAACGUGCCACCCCCAGGAGCUGCCCAGGACCCGGUGUGGGGCCAGGAGACGAGAGGAUGGUGGGGAGGGGACUGCUCGCUGCCCCUGGGCUGGAGGAGCUGCUCCGGAGCAUCUCUGCACCACUGCCAGCCGGACCCGGGCACCCCCGGGGCCAGACUCACCCCCGCCGCUGCGGGACACGAUGCACUUUGAGCCAUUGGUACGACUGCUGGCACCAGCCGAGCAGCCCCAGGACCCUCCAGGGACGAGGACAAGGCAGACCUUGCCUGGCUCGGCCGUGGGCGCUGGCCCCAGAGACUCGGCAUGGGAGGGAGACCCAACCCUGUGGGUCACGGGCCGUUUGUCUGUGUAAGCUGUGGGGUCCUGCCCCAGAAACAUGGUGCUGUUAUAGACUA